GGGGCCGCGGUGCAUUGUGGGAGCCGCGGUUAGCACCAGCGUGUUGUUGUUGUAGCCGCUGCUAAGCUGCCAAAAGCUGCUGUUUGGCCCGCUCAGGUUUGAUUCCGGGGCUCGAACCCCCGACACACCGAGGAUCAUGGCGUCCACCGCGGCAGGGAAGCAGCGGAUCCCCGAGGUGGCGAAGGUGAAGAACGAAGCUCCUGCCGAGGUGCAGAUCACCACCGAGCAGCUGCUGAGAGAAGCCAAGGAGAGGGAGUUGGAACUUCUGCCGCCGCCGCCCAAGCAGAAGAUUACCGUCAAGGAGGAGCUCAACGACUCCAAGCUGAGGAAGAAGAAUCUUAAAGGAAGACCCAAAAGACACUGUUGUGAUGAUUGCGAGCAAGUCUUCACCACUUCAUCAAACCUGAAGAGGCAUAAGAAAACUCACAAUGGUGAUAAACCAUACAGCUGUGAUCACUGCGGGGUGGCUUUUAUCCGACAAUGUCAUCUAAUAAACCACCAACGUAUUCACACUGGAGAUAAGCCUUACAGGUGCAAUCAGUGUGGAGCAGAUUUUACCCAGCAAGGUUCUCUAAUGAAACACCAACGUAUUCACACUGGAGACAAGCCUUACAGAUGCGAUCAGUGUGGAGCGGCUUUUACCCAGCAAGGUGCUCUAACGAGACACCAACGUAUUCACACUGGAGACAAGCCUUACAGAUGUAAUCAGUGUGGAGUCGCUUUUGCCCAGCAAGGUGCUCUAAUGAGUCACCAACGUAUUCACACUGGAGAUAAGCCUUACAGAUGUGAUCAGUGUGGAGCGGCUUUUACCCAGAAAACUGCUCUAACGGGUCACCAACGUAUUCACACUGGAGAUAAGCCUUACAGAUGUGAUCAGUGUGGAGCGGCUUUUGCCCAGAAAACUGCUCUAACGAGACAUCAACGUAUUCACACUGGAGACAAGCCUUACAGAUGUGAUCAGUGUGGAGCGGCUUUUGCCCGGAAAGGUGAUUUGACGACUCACCAACGUAUUCACACUGGAGACAAGCCUUACAGAUGUGAUCACUGUGGAGCGACUUUUGCCCGGCAAAGUCACCUAACGACUCACCAACGUAUUCACACUGGAGACAAGCCUUACAGAUGCGAUCAGUGUGAGGCGGCUUUUGCCGAGCAAGGUGCGCUAACGAGACACCAACGUAUUCACACUGGAGACAAGCCUUACAGAUGUGAUCAGUGUGAGGCGGCUUUUGCCCAGCAAGGUGGUCUAACGACUCACCGACGUAUUCACACUGGAAACAAGCCUUACAGAUGUGGUCAGUGUGGAGCAGCUUUUGCCCGGCAAGGUGGUCUAACGAGACACCAACGUAUUCACACUGGAGACAAGCCUUACAGAUGUGAUCAGUGUGGAGCGGCUUUUGCCCGGCAAGGUCAUUUGACGAGUCACCAACGUAUUCACACUGGAUAAAAAGUGUACAUUUGUGAUCAGUGCUGAUAAAAUUUAUUUUGCGAGUUCAGUUAAAAGGCACCAAUAUAGUUUAGUUAAUUUAGUUUGGAAUAAAUAAUUCUGGUGGUUCGAUUGUGGGAAAGAUUUUGAAUAUUUUUUUUAAAAAGCAGCAGAUUCUUACAGCUGUAAGAGCUGUUCAGUUAUAACCAGAUUUAGAAAAUGAAGUACAAGAAUUCAAUUCAAAUGUCUUUAUUUUGAACAUGAUGGUAGUGUAAGUAACAGGCAUGCUCGAACAUACUUGAACAAUGAAAGAGAUUUUUUUUUUUGUUGAAGCAGCAGCAGUUUUGACAUGUUCAUAAAGAAAUAAGAAGAAGUCCUACCCCUUUAACUCAAUACCAUGUUUUCACAUAGAACCUUGUUAUUAGAUGUCAAAAAUCUUGAUGUAUCGAGAACUUACACAAAUGAAUAACAAUUUUAUACAGUGUAAACAUAUUGUGGUAUACAUGAGUAUAAAUUUGCGGAUACCUGGGUGAUUAUUGCCAUUUGCAGUUACAUGUCCCUCUAUAUAAACACUAUUUACCAUGAGUCCCUGUAUUCAUCUAUACAUAAAAGCAUACAUUAUUUACCUUGUACAAUCUUAUUCAUUACAGGCUUUCUCACACAAAUAUUUCUAGAUGCAUUAAAGCAUGUGUAUAUAUAUAUAUUUAUAUAAUAGACAGAUACACGCAUUUCCACAUACAUAUACACCCACAAGUCCAGUCCACCCCACCAUCCCCUCACCCAGCGCAGAAUGAGGAACUCAGCCGUCCUGAUCGGGAAGCACAAUACAAAUGAUGAGAAAAGAUCUGAGUAAUAUUUGUUGGGCCA